AUGAAUAUCGGCAGAGGAUCUUACAAUGUUGUAAACCGGAGAGAAUCUUCAGAGCUUUUUGAUGUCUUGGAAAGUGGAGAAACGAGCGCCACAGGUAAAAUACGCUGCUUGAUCUCAUCUCAGCAUGACAAUUUCAACGCCAAACUCUUGCGUCGUGUUUGCGCGUUUCUUUAAUAGAGAACGAAACCUCAGAGUGGGUCUUUAUUCAUUUAUCGAGAUAAAGAGACAGUUGAAAAGUAUUGAUUCACUUAUUUCUUAAAAACAUACCAGCUGAUAUCGUGGCAUAUCUCACGUCAAAUCGAAGUGAAUGCUUUGAUAAAAUCUGAAUCGAGCGGCGUGGGGUUUGGCCUUAUUUUCACGCAUAUUAAACAAUUCGGGCUCUGAUACACACGGCUUUGUUAUUUCGCUCAAUUUUCUUGUCAGUAGAGGCCUUUUUAGCAGCUGUUCUGCAUGCUGAUCAAAAGCGAUCUUCUCUUCCGGUAUAAACCGGAAGAAAAGAGACAGCUGAAAAUUGAAAGCACUGCGCAAGCGCGUUUCUUGUCAAUAAAUUUAGGUGGAUUCUUGUUUAGGCGUUUUGUUGGGGAUUUUCUCCCUUCCUUCGAACCUCUUUAUGCUGCCAGCCAAGUUGUAUGGCUUGGUCCUCAAAUCAUGGCAGAGGGAUACAAAUUGACGUCUGUUGGCUCGAAGGCCGAUGGCAGUAAUGGUAAGUUUCGUUUUCAGACCAAUGAGACUGAAAAAUUGUCUUAAAAUUUCCCGCGUCAGGAUUAUUUCUUUCAGGGGAUUUUCUUGCCACGGUUAUUUACAGUGAAAGUUGUAAGCGAUUGUCUUGUUAUUACGCCUGGUGCCUUUUAUAUGCUGGCAUAUAUCUCGUCUUGAAGUAUUAGCGCUUUAAAGCUUCACUUUCGAGCUUCAAAAAUCUAAUAUUCUAGGCAUAAGCUUGUAAUUUAAUGGCUUGCAUUGAUUUCUGACCGUAAAAACCACUGAGGCGAUAAACAUAUACACUAUUUGGUGGAAUUUUUUGAACGUUAAAACUGUUGUUUUGCCUCAGACUAAAAUCUUGUACCAUCACGGCGCGUUUUCAGCUUAGCCAUUGAUAAGCUGAUGGAAGCAGGUGUAAUCGUCUGCGGUAUAAGCUUACAAGAGACAAACAACAUGCAGAUAUACGUCUUAUCCAAAAAAUCUAAACAACUUACUGGAUUCGACUGUGAAAAUUACUUGUUUCUCGUUGUUUCUUGCUUAUUUUGGAAGGAGGAUGUGUCUUCACUAGACAUUUUCUUUUAUAAUAUUAGAAAUUUAUUUAAAGCUAUUAAACUUAUGGUCAUGAAUCCCCAAAAGAGUUGCUUGUUUCUUUUAUUUAUCGUGUUACUUGAAUAAAUAUAAACAGAAACCUGAAUUUAUUUUGUAAGGUAAAAAUACUGGUUCUCUUCAAAAAAAAUCAGCUGUAGUAAUAAUAUAUUUAAUCAUGGAAAGAAUGGACUGAAAAUAUUCCUAGUUACAUCGGGAGGGUGGGGGGGGGGGGGGAUGGUCUACAUGACAUGCUCCUUUUCCAUUUAUCCAAAGUCCCAGAAAUAGCUCUAAUUUUACCCACAUUUAGGCAAGACUUUCAUGACAAGAUCUAGCUCCCCCUUCCUGGGAAUCAACUUAGGAAAUCAAAUUUUACAUCUGCAGUCGACUCCCGAUAACUCAAACCCUCGCUAACUUGAACCUCGCGCUAACUCAAACCAAAAUCGAUUUCCCCUGGAUUUCUGUCAUACAUUGACUGUAAUUUUACCCUCAGUAACUCGAACCCUUGAUAACUCAAACUCCCGCUCACUUGAACCAAUUUUCGUUUCCCUUCAGGUCAUUUUCUGCCUAUUUUACCCGUGAUAACUCGAACCAUGUUUUGAGCCCUUAAAAGUCGGAAAAAAAGCCGUAUACUGGGUAUUUUUUAUAACCACUAUAAAAAGCACUUAACUGUAUUAGUUGAAAUAUAGACCUCCAAGGAUACAACUUGUUUGCACUGAAAUUUUCCUUAUUACUAGUAUAACCCAUUAGAAUGAUCAUAUGGAGACCAGGCUUUAAAGAGUGACAUCUUUGGUCUGGGUCUGAUAUUUAUAUAUUAUUUGUGAUAAUCCAAAAUUGACCUGCCCCAUUUUGUUGAAUUGCUCUUCAUAGAAUUAAUAAGAUAGCAAGUAUUAUCAGAAAACUAUCCGCUUUGUGGAACUGUUAUAUAAUAGUAAAGUUAAAAUUUAAAGGAAAUUGCUUUGGAAUGCUAUAGAUGUGCUUGCAUGUAAUUUUGAUACAAUAUAUGUCAUAGCAAUAUUAGUUAUAAGAAAUGUACUUUUGAUGACAAAAACUGUCUCAGAGUAAAAUGCUUUUUUCUAGUCGCAGAAGCAGGCAUUUUCCUCAUAUCCAUUGCCUCAAAUUGAUCAUUUUUAUUUUUUAGUGUGUAGAGUCAUUCUAUAGAGUCCUCCAAGAGUUAUUUAGAAAAUAAAGCCACUGUACUGCUGGGAAAUAAACUCCGUCAAAUGUUGGCAGUACCAGAAAUAAUAAGAUGAUCAUUUCUGAUCUAUAUGAGAGUAUAUAGUGUGGCUACAAAUUUUUGAAUUAAAUGCAACACUCUCUCUGAUAAACCAACAGGUGCACAUAUCCAAUGGCUGGCUGAUUUAAAGUUUAGUGGUAACAAAAUUCUUCAACAAUGUUUCAUCUUCUUUCAUAAUUUCUACCAAAAAAACCCAUGAGGGCCUCUUAAAAAGACAGACCUAGUAACAUUUUUAAUACAUCUUCAAACAAAAUGCCAUGACAAUUUCAGUUCCAAUUUUUGGUCUGAAGAUGUACGUAUUAAAAAAGCUGCCUUUUGAAGAGGCCUGAGCCCCUGCUUAAAACUCAUAAAUAGCCAGUUAAUUUACGUUUGUACUUUUGUUAUUUUUUUAUUGGUUUCAACUCCCUCUCUCCCCUCUUUAGGUUUAAAAUUUUCUAUGAAAAAUUUGUUCCUUAAGAUCUAGAUCUAGUUCUAAGCACACAUUAGAAAACUUCUCUGACUUAAUUAAAUUAAAGUUGGCAUGCUUUCUUUUGCAGAAAACUAUGGAUCUCUCAAGAGUGACUCUACAGAUGGUUCUGAAGCAGACAGAAUCAUCAUUAUUAAUAAACCUCAGACUCACCAGUUCUGCAGCAACAAAAUUAGGUAUGAAAAUUGCAACCGCUCGUGCAAUGAUUAUACGGAUUGUAUAUACAUGUAGUAUACACUGUACUUGGAAAGGCCCUAUUAGUGAUCCUUUCUUAACCUAUCUUGUAUGGGUUGUCAGUAAAAGGUAGGGGUUUUGAGAUUACCCUGGCUGAAUCCUCUAUUAAGCCCCCCUUUUCAGGAGAACAAAGUUAAUAAGCUGCCCCUGUCUCUUCAAUAAUCUCCUUACCUCCCCUUUCUUCUUUACAACCAAUAUUAAUAAUUGAAUAAUAUUACAUUAUAAUUUAUUACAUACACGUAAUUAAUCUUGACACUGUAACACUUCAUGUGGACUGAUCCAGUACAGUUUAUUCAGGUGCUGGAAGUUUGGACUUAUUUUUAUCUAACAGCUGCGUGACCGACAACUUCAUAUACUUUUCAUGGGUUUUUCCACUUUGGGUUCUAUUCUUUAUCGAGAACUGAUACCACCAUCUCCCCUUUUUUGAAUAAGCCCGCUCUCUAUUAACCCCACCCCCAACCCCCCAAACCUGCUUGAAAUAAAGAAGUUCCCAGAAGGCUUAAUAAAUUGAUAGAUGACGAGAAUUUUAUACGGUUCGUAAAGACUCUCAGGGGGAGGUGGGGGGGGGGUAUCGUUCCAUGUACCCUUCUAAUGUUAAACAUACAUACGGAUAGAUAGACUUUGUCCCCGUUACAGGCACUUGAAACUGGCAAGGGGAGAGAGGGAAAUUGGGUUUGCAAAAAAAUUAUAAAUUUUCUCUGAGUACAUGUACAGUAUCUGGAGAAUCCUAUUUAAACUUGUGUGAAAUGAAUUUGCUCCCCUGCAGCACUGCCAAGUACAACUUCUUGACAUUCCUUCCCAAGUUUCUUCUGGAACAGUUUAGUCGAUAUUCCAAUGUUUUCUUCUUAUUCAUUGCACUUCUACAGGUGAGUUUACCCAUUUUGGAAUUUUAACAGUUGCAUGCAAAGUAUAGUAUUAAUGAAUGGCUCCAUGGAAAAAUUAAUGUCCUCUUCAACAAUACCACCAACGAGAAAGCCAUGGGGUGUUUUUGCAUGGUCCUUCAAUUUUUGAAUUUAAAAAUUUUAAAAAACAGUUUUAAUUGUUUCUGUAGUGCUAGUAUAGUAGUUAUAAGUAUAGUAUAAGUCUAGAAUUUGAUGUUGCUUUCUUACAGCAAAUAGAUGAUGUGUCCCCUACUGGGAGAUACACAACUGCAGUUCCCCUGCUGUUUGUUCUCUCCUGUUCAGCUGUAAAAGAGAUUAUAGAAGAUUAUGUAAGUUGUAUUGGUUUCAGUAUUACUGUAGCAAAAAUGUACACUGUAGCAAUGCAAAUUGCGGCCAUUUGAAACAAGGCCAAGUAGUCAUGUUAAUUUGUUACAUUUGUUAAGCCUGAAAAUCCCACUAUUAUAUGGAAGAAAAAAGGGAGGAAAAAUAGUUAAAGCAAGGCAAAAGAAAGAAGGAGAAGAGAAAAAAGUAAAUGUUGCACUGUUAGAUAGGUUGAGGUCUAUUUUUGCUGUCAUUAAAGGUUUUCAAAAAUCCAACUAGAUACAAUAUUAAGCUGAGGCCCCCUGGCGUCAGGAGCCUGGCCAGACUGGUGAGAGCUAGGGUCAAAGCCCAGCCUAAAAGCCAGGGUCACCAAGGCCAUGGCCGGGUUGGCCAUGGGAUAAAAAUUCUGGGGAAUCCGGGGCCAGCAAGCAAGCCUGGCCCGACCAGAACAGGGCCAAAGCCUGGCCUGAAAGCCGGGGUGACCCUUGCCAUCGCGGUUAGCCAAUGGCUAAAAAAUUUAUGGAUGCCAGGAUUGGAAGGCAAACACGGCCUAGCCAGAACACUGGAUUAGGAAUGUGGCUAAAAACCUGGCUAGUUUAGCUUGCUUCUAAUGAGUCUUUUGUGUCGGGAGCCCAGCUGGCCUGGUGAAGACAGUCUAGGGUCAAAGCCCGGCCUAAAAGCCAGAUUCACUGUGGCCAUGGAAUAAAAAUUCCAGUGAAUCUGGAGCCAGCAGGCAAGAUUGGCGCGAUCAGAAUGGGCCGGGCCAAAGCCUGGUCUGAAAGGAGGGCUUACCCUGGCCAUGUCCUGGCCAUUGAGCCAGGCUAGCCAAUUCAAUUCAUCCAGGGAAGUGGGGAUUGGUGGGCCAGCCUGACCCAGACAAAACACUGGGUUCAAACUUGGCACUAGAAAUGUGGCUAGAGGCCUGAUGGCUAGCUUGGUAGUUGAUUCUAACCAAACUGUCAGUGAACAUAAAUGUUUCACAGUAUCCUUACAUUUUUAGCAGUUUAUACCUUAGUUAUCAGCCAUUAUCUAAGAAUGCACUGGGCUUUGAAACUGAGUUUAAAAAAGAUUAUACAAAUUCCUUAUAUCUAUUCAUUGUUCAAUAAAAUUUCACAGAGAAUUGCCAUUUAUAGCUAAAUUGCAUUGUUAUUUCAGAAAAGACACAAAGCUGAUGACCAAGUCAAUAAUCGUAGAGUUAAAGGUAGUAAUUUUUCUAUUAAAUAAUCAAGAGUUUUGCCAUAUAAGGCCUCCUUUUACUACGGACUGACAGUCAUUGGUGUAAUUCCCAACUGCCUACCUCUCUCACCAGCAUGUACAGUUGCUCUAUGCAUUAUUUCUAGCCUUGGUUUACAUUAAUGUUGUUGCUACAUGUAGAAAUGUUGGAUCUUGUUUACUGUGGGUAAUGUCGACCGAGAUAUCGGUCGAUAUAGCGGUCGAUAUAGCGGUCGAUAUAGCGGUCGACACUCGGUCGACACUCGGUCGAUACUCGGUCGACACUCGGUAGAUAGUCGGUCGACACUCGGUCGACAGUCGGUCGAUAUAGCGGUCGAUAGUGGGUCGAUAGUGGGUCGACACUCGGUCGAGACAUGGCCGAUAGUCGUUCCAGAUGUGUCUCGGCCGAUAUAGCUUUUCGUUCACCGACAUUUCGCCGACUUUUUGCCGACAUUUCGCCGACACUUCGCCGACACUUCGCCGAUACUUGGUCGAUAGUUGGUCGAUACUUGACCGAUGUGUCGGUCAGUAAUUGGUCGACACUUGGUUGAUGGUCGGUCGACACUUAGCAUUUCCUACAUUUUCCUACAUUUUUGCGGGACCACAGGAGCAGCAGAUUCAACUUAGGCUGAGACAGGUUCUGUUUAACAGCUAAAACUCAGACGAUCGGUGAUGAUACAAACUGGAAAAAAAAAGGUUAUCAUAUCCUUAGUUCCCAGUGCUCUUCGGUUCUCUUCAUAGCGUAAUCGCGCCUUGCACUGCCACAUGUUCCCCAUCGCAUGAUAACAGUAAUUAAUGACGUCUUUGCUUAAAAAAAAGCCAUUGGACUCACCUGAUAAAUUAACACACGACUAAUAUUCGAACGACAGUUGACCGAUAUACCACCGACAGUUGACCGAUAUACCACCGACAGUUGACCGAUAUACCACCGACAGUUGACCGAUAUAUCACCGACAGUUGACCGAUAUAUCACCGACAUAUGACCGAUAGUAAGUCGAAGUGCGUCGAAGAAAUAUCGACCGAUACUCGGCCGAUAGUCUAUCUCACUAUCGACCGACUAUCGACCGACCAUCGACCGACUAUCGACCGACUAUCGACCGACUAUCGACCGACUUUCGACCGACUAUCGACCGACUGUCGACCGCUAUAUCGACCGACUGUCGACCGCUAUAUCGACUGCUAUGUCGACCGAUAUCUCAGUCGACAUUACCCACAGUAAACAAGAUCCGAAAUGUUUACAAUCCUUGUUAGAUGCUGAAAUUCUUAAGUCACAAUAAAAUGUUUGCCUGUGCUACUGGACUGCUGUCAGGUGUAUAGUGACCUAGUUUUCCAUUUUUAGGGAAUAUUUUUCAAAUUGCUUUUAUUGUAAGAACUGAAAUUCAAGCUCUCUGACGCUUUUGGUUGUUUAUUGCUUUGUUUGAAAAGCAACAAGGCUUAGUCAGCAUUUCGUGCUAGACAGAAGAAACAAAGGCUGAACUUAGCAAUUUUCUUGUUUUCGUUGAUAAUAAAAAAAAUCAUGGAAACAACCAAUGUAGCAUCAAGUUACCUACUAUAUAUUCUGUAUUGUUCUUGCAGUUUUAAGAGAUAAUACCCUGCAGUCAUUACUAUGGACUGAGGUAAGGAUUGAAAUUUGUUGUUCAUGGUAUUCUGCUCACCAUACCUGUAGACCAGCUAGAAUUUUGUCAUUCUGUUCAUAAGUGGUUUGAUAAAAAGGCCUUUUUUCCUCGUAUUAGGUCCAGGUUGGAGAUAUUGUCAAGGUUGUUAAUGGACAGUUUUUCCCUGCUGAUCUUAUUAUACUCUCAUCAAGGUAAUUAUUAUGAUUAUUAUAAAUAUUAUUUUUUCGUUUAUGUAUGAAUAUUGUUCUAAACUACUAUUAAUGUAAGAUUCAGCUGCAAGUGCCACUGGUAUUUUGGGCUGAGCUUUCAUUGUACGAGCACUAAAACUUAUGGAAUGAAAAGCUUCAAAGGGCACUUAAUUUGGCAAAUUUCCAUCAGUGAAUUUUUUACUUUUUGUACUUAUUUUUAAAAUAAGUGUGACAUUAUUUUCAAUAAAUUGAUAGUAUAAUUUUUCGACAAACUGAACAAAAAAUAGCCUUUUUACCACUUAUUAUUUGGACCUUUUGAACCACUAGCUCGUUUUUUAAAAUGCGUGCUGCACUUACAGCUUGAGACAUCAAUUUAAUAAUAAUUGAUUAUAUAGGAGACAGUAAAAUGUAAGUAGGUAGAAGAGACUGUUAAAUUAAUUUGCUAAUACUUACCUCAUUUAAUAGUGAACCAAUGGGGAUGUGUUACAUAGAGACUUCAAAUCUUGAUGGGGAGACUAAUCUGAAGAUAAGACAAGUGAGUAUCUUCAAGAAACAAUCCUCCUUUAAAUAAGUGUGUUUAAAUUAUAAUUAUUGGUUGUGUAUUUUGUUCCUUCCAUAAUAAUGAACAACCACUAGUGCCUGAAAGCUUCUCCUCUAAGCAGUGCUGUCACUAAGGGCCAAGGGUCAGGGGUUUUUCCAUGACUGCAAUGAGCAAGAAAAAACUUUAUAGCCUUUUAAUUUAUAAUGAAAUCAACUUAAUGUUUAUUUUUUGUAAACUUCAUCAGAUUGUGUUUUAUUUUGCAGGCUUUACCUCUCACAGCUAAAAUGACAUCCCUGCUUGAAGUUCGUUGUAUGCAGGUAAGUUGCAUUGGAUGCAGAAUUUUUCAUUCUGGGAACGUCAAAAUUAAAUUAUUGUUUUAUGUAGUAGAGAAAUUUAGUAAAGUUGGGUUACAAGAUUCUAUGUUACAUUGAUUUUCAGGGGCGUGUUGAGUGCGAAGGACCAAACAAUCGGCUUUAUGACUUUGUUGGCAACAUUACUCUUCAAAGUCAGAAGUAUGUACAAUACUGAACAGAGUAACAUGUACAUUGUUUUAGUUAUAUCCCCAUAAAGCAGAUGUGAGGAAACUUUUUUGACAGUUUCAUUUUAAAAAUGAUCGGUCAAGUUCUGAUGUAAAAAUUUCUUCAUUAGCCUGUCCUUGUUUAACCAUUACAGAAGCUUGGAAACUUGUUCUAUUUCUGUACUUUUAAAUUAAACAUGGUCUUCUUCUCGUCUGCGACACAAUCUACAAAUUAAAAUAGGAGGAAGUUAGAGUAUUACAGUCUACCAAUAAGUUAAUGAUAUGACUUCUUUAAUUUGCAGGUCAGUACCAGUUGGACCAGAUCAAAUCUUGCUAAGAGGAGCACAUUUAAGGAAUACUCAGUGGGUCUUUGGUAGGUUUGUCAGUGACAAUCAUUAGAUUUAACAUUAUUUAACACUGGAAUUUAGUUUGCCCCUGAGGUUACUACCUUUGUCAAUGGCAGAGUGUUCAACUUGCCAGAAGUCAACUAUGGCCUUGUGGGCACCUUCUUUUCACAGACACUUUGGACAUCUGCUUAUUCCCCUGGAAAAAUUACAGAUACAAAAUUGUCUCAAUGAAAGUCCCAUUAUAAUGGAAUUGCAGACACAUUCUUCAUACCAGACAUCUCAUUUCCACUUUCUUAAAAACUCUUGCAGUACAGUAAACACCCACGAAUAAUAACUUUAGUGGCAGAAAUUUGCCACUAUAAUAACCAAAAAUACAAGAACCUGUUUAGCUAAGCAAGAUCAAGCAUGUUCUUAUACAUGGGACGCAGUUAAUUCUGUCAUUAAGUGCCUCUUGUUAUCAUUUUUUAAGGUCUUGCGGUCUACACAGGACAUGACUCCAAGCUUAUGCAGGUAUGCAAUAUUAUUUACUAAUUUUUCAAAAAUAUUGCAAAGAGCUGUAAGUUUUAAUUUUUAAGACCCUAAUUGUCUUCAGCCUUAACUACUUCAAAACAUAAGUAAGCGCUACAUUCUCAUUUGAGAUAACAGGGUGCUUAUAGUGCUACAGCUAGCUUGUUUGAGUAAAUAUGGUCUGCCAUAAAACUGCUGAACUUUUUUUUGCUCUGUGUUGUUUUUGUUUAGAACUCUACAGCUGCCCCAAUCAAGAGAUCAAAUGUCGACCAUACCACCAACAUCCAGAUUUUAUUCCUGUUUGGCUUGCUCCUUGUCUUAGCUCUGUGUAGCACUAUUGGCUUCAAAAUAUGGACAGGUUAGUGAGAUUACGUUCAAACCACUGCCAAUAAACAUCUCCCAUAGGGGGACAUAUGAACACCUGCUGUAGGUGACUGUAGGAGUAAUAUGUGUACUGAUUGGCUACUCAGUGGGCACAAAAGGUCAAUGUUCCCUGCUCAGGGUGUCCUGCUUUCCUCCUGCAGAAAAAUAUUUUCCCAUAGCCAUGUUUAUUGACCAAUUCAAAGUGGACAGACUGCAAAUUAUAGUAGGUGGCUGCUUUUGCAUGUUCAUUGACCUGGACUUCCCGGCAUGCACUGUCCACAAAAUAACAAAAGGAUAGAACUUGGCCAACAUUCAGCCAUCUUGGCCUAAUGCACGUGAUUAAGAACAGAGCUAGGCAAAGAAAGUGACUGAAGAUCAGCAGGAACCAGCUAUAGACCUUGAGGUGUUCUUUAAGAUAGUUGAAUGAACUAGUCUUUUAAAGAUCCCUUUUUAAGUUGAAAGGAAAUGUAUGUACAAUAAUAAUAUUAUUCUCCAUAUGAAAGACCUUUAAAAGUUGUAAAGGACAAGGGAGAUGUGUCUCUGAAUUUCCAGAGAGAUACUUAUAUUUAAGGGGUUCCUUCAACAAGAAAGAUGUGAAUGUUUUCCAAAAACUAUGAGAACUUACAGGUCAUGUAAGGGGCUUCCUUCAACGAGGAGAUUGUGAACAACUGUAAGAACAAACUGGUCACAUAAACAUGUUCAAAUAACAGCUUCAACUUUAUGUUUUUAGAUAAUCAUCGAGAUACUGAUUGGUAUCUUGGAUACUCUGGUGAGUUACUAUGACUUGCAUUUUUUAUUGCUUGUUGCUUAAUAUUUUAGGAUUCAUGAAGAAAUUAUUUCAAUUUUUUUAAAUAUAAUGUGGUAUUAAUUACAUGGGUAUUAACUUGUUUUCCAGGUAAAAAGGCACAGAAUCUUGGCAUGUCAUUCCUGACUUUCAUCAUUCUAUAUAACAACCUCAUACCUAUCAGCUUGACUGUUACACUUGAGGUAUAGUACACCUUCAUAUAACUAUUAAUGUUCAUGUGUGGUACUGAAUUUUUUUUUUUUAAGUAGCAGUUGAAUUAACCUUGUCUGAUAAUUUUCUCUUUCUUACUGCAGGUUGUGAAGUUCAUCCAAGCCAUAUUCAUAAACUUGGUAUGUACCCAGCUUUAUCAUUGAUAACUUAGUUGUUUUGUACAUGUAAAUGUAGCUGGAUAACUUUAUGCAAGGCAAUGAAAUACGCACUACCACCUUGUAAAUGACUCCUUUGCUUCUUUUACCCAGCUUUAUACAGUUUUUAGAAAAAUGGUGGAGUUUUUUCGGCCCCCUACAUACUUGACCAUUAUUACUUUUUAUUAACAAGUACCAUAGUUUUCUUAUUUUAGAAGAUGAAGCCAGAUAGAUUAUUUUUGUCUUUAUUUGUUUAUCAGAUAUAAUUGCGUAUCAGUGUAAGCUUAUCAUUGUAAUGGUGCUCAGCAGAUAACAUUAGAAUAUAACAAGUAAACAUCUAAAAGCAAAAUAAUAUGUAUAAACAUUGACAACGUAUUUCAAAACAAGCGGUAAGAUUGAGCAUUUCUAACUGCUGACCCAACAGCACUUCCUCCAGGACAUGCAGGACAUUAAUUGUGCAACAAAAAAAGAAAAACUAUGAAGUAAACUGAGGGGAAGCAUUUUGAUUGUUGAGUGACUUAGCUUUAUUAUGUUGUAGGACAUUGACAUGUACUAUGAUGAGACAGACACACCAGCUAUGGCACGCACAUCCAAUCUCAAUGAGGAAUUAGGCCAGGUUUGUAAAUCGACCACAUGGGGUAUCAUUAGAGACCUUCAGAUUUUAAGACGAGUACGAUUACGAGGACGAGAUUUUCUCAAUACUAAGUAAUACUAAGUAGUAUAAAACGCGCGUGAUCGAGCGUCAUUUUGGCGGGAAAACUUGGUAGCCGUCAUCAUUCUACUACGAGUUUUCGUAAUGGCGGAAACGAGCUAUCAGUUGUUAGAAGUUUUAUCAUUUUGUGAUCGAGAGAGGGAUUAAACUCCUGGGCCAACAUGUUUGCCGCUUUUCUCCAGCCAUCACCCACUUGUCGAGCUUCUGAGGCUUCGGCAACCUACAAAAUCAUCCUGUUUCCUUGAAGAUAUACGCGUCCCUUUUGAUUGCAAACAGCAAAUCAUUACUAACCAUUAAAAGCAGAAGACGUCCCACGCCGUUGUAUUUAAAAAGACGUCCAUACAAAGUUAUUUUAGGUGGAAUCCGUGCUAAACACUCUGCAAGUUCACUGAAAGGGCCGUCGAUAAAAUCCGGAACAUGGAACAUUCCGGAACAUGCCGGAACAUUCCGGAACAUCCCGGAACAUGAAAAAAAAACAUUUUCAUGAAAAUAAAUAAAUAAAAUAAUAAUAAUAAUAAAACAAUUUUUAUAAAAAUUAAUAAUAACGUAAAAUAUCAAAAAACCGAAAGACAAAGAAAUAAAGAAAAAGAAACUCGUAUCAUCUCCGGGUGUGAGAAAACAAUAUUUUGUCGCAAAUAAUUUGUGGGGCGAGGGUCCAUGGAAAUGUUUGCCAUGCGGUUUAACGGUUAUUCAUUUACGGCGUUGCGACCGUAAGAAGAGCUUAGGGGCUCGUCGCUUUGGACUUGAAUAAUUAAAUUAAAGAUUCACAUUCGCCGCGAAUAGUUGCAGUGGCAGUGGUAGCGCAGCGGUAGUUUCUACCUGUUAUCAGUUAGCCUGAAUUUUAGCCGUCUCCCCGCAAACUCCUCUUGCGACUCGAGGAGACGUCUGAAAUAUCAUGCUGACUGUAAACAGUAUAGAAAUUUCUACGAAUGUGAGUAUUGUCCACUAAAAUCCAAAGACAGGAGCCCCUAUACUCUUCUUAAGUUCACAGAGCCGCCUAGUCUCAGUGUAGUCUGUAAGUAAUUCAUGUCAACCUCAAGUGAAGCAAAGCACCUCAAGUAAGCAAAUGUCGGUUAUAUGUAAGGAGACUAUAUAUGUUGGCUUGAAAUGAGCUACUUACCGACUGGGCUUGACAUGAAAUACUGCACCGACAUUUUAGACCAUCGCAGAGCCGUAAAUGGAUAACCGCCAAAUGAUUAACUCAUGGCAAACCAUUACAAGAGGUAGCUCUGUGACGAAAGCUUAAAAAACCCCCUCCUCGCGACCCAUUUUAAUAUAUUUUGAAUUUAGAAGCAAGCCUUCACUCAUUACUGUCAUUUGCAUGAACCCUCACUCGCCCAACAAAUUUUAAUCGGUUGCGACAAAAUAUUGUUUUCUCAUACUCAGAGAGGAUACCAGUUUCUUUUUCUUAAUUAUUUCAUUAUUUUUCGUUUUUUUUUUGUUAUUUUACGUUAUUAUUAAUUUUUACAAAAAUUAUUUUACUAUUAUUAUUUUAUUAUAUUUUUUUUCAUGAAAAUUAUUUUUAUUUUUGCAUGUUCCGGAAUGUUCCGGCAUGUUCCGGAAUGUUCCAUGUUCCGGAUUUUAUCGACGGCCCACUGAACGUCUUCAUUUGCAAUUUUUGUUUACCCUCCAACGCCUCGCUUUCAUGACUAGGCACCAGUUUUUUCCUGCGUGUCCGCCAUUUGUGAAUACGGUGCAUAGAUAACAGUGCUAUCUUUUCAAAUGAAAAAAAGUACAAUGAAGCUUUCCGGGGAGUCUAUUUUUUGAGAAUACGCGAAAAAACUUUAAGUCAACCCAUUCGCUCCUGGAGAUUUUGCCGAAAAACACGUUUUGAAGCUAGUCGAGUGGUUUUCUGGUCACUGUCGUGCUAUAAAGAGCUAAAACUUACCACAAACCGGUUUACAGGUCGUACACUUGGCGGCCUUCUGAUCCAGAUGCAAAAUAUCAGCUUGCGAAGUUCGGGCAUGCGCAGAAAGCAAAAUUUCGAGAUUGGGUUUAAAAGUGACACAGCAGUCUUGACUUUUACUUUUGGCUUUCUCUCCUCCCUUCUUUUUUCGCUUUUCUUGCCUCAUUUUUUUUUCUCUUGCUGGGCAUUUAGUAGGCUUCAUUUUGGUGGGAAGAGUUUUUAGGAAAGCUUUUAGGAUCUUAGGAUUAGGUGAAAGGAAAGGUAGAUGGGUAAUGGAACAAGAUUUUCAUGGAGAUUUUCAGGUCCUUGUCACGUGGUUUUUUGCUUCUUUCUCCGGUGUCCUUGACUGAAUUGUGCUCAUUCUGGUAUGGUUUGAAAGAUCUGUUCACUCUGUACAAGUUAGCGAAGAAAGUUGUCCUUGACCGUUAAAACUGAUGACGUCACAAAGGGUAGAAAGGACCUGGAUCCGCGCGGGCGGUUACGGGCGGUUCAGGGGCGAAUGGGUUAAAUCCCGUACUCGUAGUUGUUCUCGUCCUUGAAUUCAAAGGUCUCUAUUAAGUUUUAGGUUGAGGGGUAAGAGCCGGAAGGCUGGUUUGAGAAAACAGCCAACGUAUUGCAACACCAAUAGUUCCCUGCUAAAUGACGUCUGAAAUAACAUGCUGAUGAUGUGUCACUACCCAGAUCUGGGUAGUUGUUUUGAUUGGUUGAAGCAGUUGUAAACCAAUCAUAACCACUACCCAGAACUUGGUAGUGGCAAGACAUCAGCGUGAAACUUCUGAGUUCAUUCCUCAGACGACUCCUCAGACAUCAUUUUGUGGAGAAACCAUUGAAAAUAAGCGAAAUGUUGGCUGUUUUCUCUAGCGACUGGAAGGCAAGACAGUCCUUGGUUUGUAAUGAAUUAAAAAUUUGGUAUCUCAGAAAGUUGACUCAAAUUGUACACUUUUAUGUUUCACUGCAGGUGCGGUACAUCUUCUCAGACAAGACAGGAACUCUGACGCGAAAUGUCAUGGAGUUCAAAAAAUGUUCCAUCGGAGGAAUAAGCUACAGGUGUGAACUAGAACACUGAAGUAUUUCCUUCAACAAGAUGUAAAUAAAAUUGUUGACCCUUCUUUUUUUUAUUGUAGUGGAGAUGAAGAAGCGUUCAUUGAUCCAGCUCUUCUAGAUAAUCUCAGAGAACAUCAUGUGAGUACAUAUUAAAUUAUGUAAAUAACUUAAAAAAACAUAAUAGUAACAGUAAGGAGAGCUCUUCCAGAGAACUCCUGGCAUCAAGAGUUACAAUGUUUAGGGUCACCGGUAAUUUUUAAUCAUGUCCACAAAGCAAGUUGUCUGGUACCGUACAGCCUAGAAAUAAUGCACGCGCAAGAAUUGGCAAAAGAAUUUCUUCCGUGACCUCAUUGUAGUCAGUAUUCACAUUUAUGCCUCCAUAAAUUCUUGAGUACUUUUUCUGAAGAGAGCAAUUUCUUUAGAAGUGCUUCCCAGGCUUUGCAAACAUUUUUGUGGUCAUGUUUUAGUAAACUAUAGAAGUAAAAAAAUCGUGAUAAAAGUUAGUAACCAUCGCGUUUAUUCUUGUUGUAUAAUUGCAGCCAACAGCAUCAGUGAUUCGGGAGUUUCUAACUUUGUUAGCUGUGUGUCACACAGUUGUACCAGAGAGAGAUCCAAGCAAUCCUGACAAGAUCAUCUAUCAAGCUGCAUCACCAGGUAAAACAGACAUCGAUAUCCUAAACGUCUUUUACAACUAGGUAUACCUAUCGAUAGAGUGCCAACGAGGAAAUCAUGCGUAUUUUGCUUAGCAAUAAAAUUCCUUUUUUUCCCAUUUGACCGUUUCUUGGUCCCUUCCUGUUGCAAGGAUUAUUUUCUUGAGAAGUUCUCAGAUUCAGUCUGAUGACUUUACAAACCUGCUAUGUAAAAGUGUGAAGUGCGUUGAAAGAAUAAAGUCAGCUUUGCAGAGGAAGCGAUCGGGAAUAUUAUUAAGUCCAGCUACAAAUCUACUGUCGGUUCGGUUUCACAUUGUUGAUAAAUAUUUGCACAGUUUAAUCAUUUAAACCUCCUUCCAAAUUUCCCGAGGCUUUUUGUUAUCGGAUUGAAACUUAGAAUGAUUCGCUGGGCCAUCUGAAAUGUUUUCAAGGACAUGGGAUGUACGGUACGGCACGUCGGUAUUUAAUUUUAGUUCAUUAUUUUUAUACUGAACUCGGCCAGGUUUCGAAAAUAAUGUCGUUGUUUUCUUUUCCUUUGUCGUUCGCUUUAGGCUUGUAAUUCGUUUUUGUUCUCAUCGUUUUUGUUUGCUGGUUAGAUUUUUUCCCCAACACCAGAUUUUCCAACAGAAGCGACUGCAUUCUUCGUGUCAAGCUUUCCUUAUCUCCUCUUGUAAUCUGAUCCUUUUUAGUGGUGAGAAUAUUGCUGGCUGCACAUAGAACACUUUUGCUGUUUUACAAUCUUCUUUUCGUUAAAACUUAACAUUAUGGCCCCUAAAAUUAAUAGAAUAUAUCAAGUGCUCAUGUCUCUUGACUGCAGUGGCCGGGUUUGACGAAAAAAUUUAGGUAAAUAAACACAGGAAGUCACGACGGCGGGAAGUGUGUGAAAUUUUGUUUGUUAUUCAACUUGAACCCGUGCGCCAGGUACUGCCUUUUGAUUGGUUCACAACUGACCACUUGGUCUCAGGGGAAUCUACACUACAUUGGGGGCGCUUUCCAUUUAGUCAAAAUUUCCGGAAUUUCCGGUUCGGCGGUAAAUGGAACACGUUUCGUCGGUUCGUCCCACUGGAAAAUUCCCAGAAAAAGUGGAAAAUCUAAAAAGGUGGUCCCGUUUUCCCGGUUGGAAUUUCCGAACGGAAUGUCGUGUUCCAUUUACGUUUCUUGCAGUUUGUACCAGUUCCAGGUCCACGGUCGGGCACCCAGCCACGUACCGGGGUUUACGACCAAAUGGAAGAACUUUUUACCAAUCGGAAAUUCCACUUUUGCUACCACCGAAAUUUCCGGGUUUUUUUCGUAAAUGGAAAGCGCCCUGGGUUACACUUUUUUCAGCUCGAUCGAGAAUUUUUCUGCCUAUUGCCCAGUCUUACGCGGCUCUAUUCUGCUGCCGCCUCGCCAUCCGAGCGUCUUCGCUCGGAUGGCUCGUUGGCAAUAACUGAGCGAUUUCUCGCGUGCGGAUUGGUCAAGAGUUGAGGGCGAUAAGAGCAUGGAGGUGACAUGAUACAGUCACUAGUAUUGAUUGAUAACGUUUUUAAUUACGGUUUACAGAUGAGGGUGCUUUAGUGAAAGGAGCCAAGAAACUUGGAUUCUCAUUCAAUGUUAGGACUCCAACUUCGGUCAUCAUUAAUGCGGUAAAUAAUCGAUUCAAAAAAUAUUUUUGUAGUAUAUGCUACUUGCCACAAAGAUUGUGGUUAUGCUGAUCUCUAUCCAUGUAUAACAGUAUAAUUAUAUGGCAGGAGGGCGCCGUAAGUUAUGAUACAUCUUUUGAAAACCUGACGUAGGCCAGUUUUUGCCAGAGAUACAAUCCUUGAGGCUAUAACUCUUGGUUUCUGUUCUUAAACCAAUAGUUUGACGUGUUUAACUACCUUCUUUGUUUAGAUGGGGCAAGAAGAAGUAUAUGAGGUCUUAAAUGUUCUGGAAUUUAAUAGGUGAGAUGGCCUACAGUACGUUGUGGGCAGUCGCAUCUUUGUAAAUGUAACAUGAAAAAAACAUGACUGAAAGUAGCGCAAGCAUCAAGAAACUGAACGACAAGAAAUUAAUAGGUGGAACAAUAAACAAGACUUUUUGUUACUACAGUAUUUCCCAGGAUAUAGAUUUUUAAAAAGGACAAUGAUAAUUUAUACGUUCCACAGUUACUCGCGCAUCCGUCUUUACAUGAUUCCGGCUUCUCAGUGUCAAUGAUCACACUUAUUGCUUUGUCUCAGUUUAAACUUGAGAUCCUACGGAACAGGAUGAAGAAUGCUUGACUUCUGGUCAAAACCUGAUUAAUUCUACCAGCAAAUGUUCACACUGUUUUUGAGGCUUUUAAUGUUUGAACAAACAAAUCACAUUUUCUACCGGUUUUCGGUCGUUUCGAUACAACUUUGUUUAAUAAUAUUCACCCAAAAUGUUUUUCUUGCUCACGCGCAAACUAAACUUGAAGUGAUGGUCAAACUUUUUGAGUAAUUUUUCACCGCUUGGGUUCUUAUCGAAACGCCAGACUUUGUACCGGUCACCAACUUGCAAAUUCUUGACAGCAAUGGUCCCACAACCUCUCCCUAACCCCUCCCCACUUGCUCCUCUAGUCCAUGUCUGUACGGAAGAAUCAGUUAACCGGCACCACGUUUUCAUAGCGAGUGGUACUACCAUUAUCACGGAUCGGACAACUGAGGUAUUUUAUUAUUACGCUUACAGCACUCGUAAGAGGAUGUCUGUGAUUGUUCGAACUCCUGAAGGCAAAAUCAAGUUAUACUGUAAGGGCGCGGUAAGUAGUGCCAGAUUAACUUCCCCACAAACCAAGUCCAUCAUAGAUUGCAAAACAGUCGUCUUUUUUUUUCUCAAUUUAUCGUUUUUCACAAGGGGCAAUGCAGGCGAGACUUGACCACUCUCGCUCUCUUGGCCAAGGCAAAAAUACGGAUUGUUUUGUUAACAGUCAAAAUCGUUUCGACGUUUGUAGAGAGAAUUAAUGUUUUGAAAUGUUGUUGUUACUUGUUGACUUUUCCCUCGUUGUUGUAAGGAUUUCAAACAAGUUAUCAAGUGGGUAAUGACAAUCACGUUUUUGUUUUCAGUUGCCGCUCUUUUACAAUUUCGUCCAGAGAAAGUUGUUUUGCGAAAACGUUUUAAGCUUGCUUAGCUUGCUUAUAACUCUCGUGUAACGUGAGAUAGGAAAAGUGGAACGUUCAAAAGUUUAUAUCGUGUAGUGCACUUAUAACUUUCAUUGUUGUUUUUGUAAAUAGGAUACAGUUAUCUUCGAGAGGCUACAAGAAAAACAGAUGUACAUGGACAGCACUGUUAAGCAUUUGGAGGAGUUUGCUAAAGAAGGUAAGCCAUUGUACUGGUCAGUAAACAGUUCAAAACAUCCCCUUGAGUCAGUAGACAGCAAAAGGUGAAUUUAGUCAUUCAGGGCUCGUUCGAUCGACCUUAUUUGGGACUUUUUUUUCCGGUCAGGUUUACGAACUUUGUGUAUAGCAAUGGCAGAGUUGGAGCCUGAAGAAUUUCAGCGAUGGAGUGACAUUUAUUACAAUGCUUCAACAAGCCUGGAAAAUAGAGAACAAAAUGUUGACGAAGCUGCAGAACUCAUUGAAAAGGUGAGAUGGCUGCUUCGAGCGGUGGUUCAGUUGAGUAGCCUUUAGAAUGCACCAAAUCAUUCUAGAAUCGGCGACAAAAUUGUUGAGACAUUGUACUUAAACAGGGUAACUUCGGAGAACAAAAGAAUCCGCACCCCUCCCCUGUCCCCUCCGUUCAAAGUUGGGGUGUUUGUUGUUUUCUAUAGGUAGCUAGAACAAGGGCACAACAUUGCACGGAGGGGAUGGGGGAGAAAAGCUAUAUUUCCUCCUUUUGAAGUUGAUAAAACGUAAAAAAGCCCAGUUGUGGGCGAAGUGUCUCAACUCAUUUUGUCGGCGAUUGUAGCUUCGCAGAGGUGGUUACGGAUUUUUCCACGGUUCUUUAAUAUACGAGGGCUGCUCUGAUGAAAACGCCAUAUUAGACAAUAUUGUAAAUUAAAAAAACAGCUUAUACUGUAACACGCCCUUUUUCGAAAUUCAGAUGCACCCUUUUGAAGAAGGCGACUUUAAAUUCAGGAGAGUGUUUAUUGAUCCUGUUUGUUUUUUUUCGGGGCUGAGGUUAUAUGCAGUUAAUUGUUCCCAUCAGUUUUCUCUGUUUUCGAAUUUUCUUAACAGAAUUUGUUCCUGUUGGGAGCCACAGCCAUUGAGGACAAGCUCCAAGAGGUACGCGUAGAGUAGUAUUCUGUUGUUGUAAGAAUCUCAACAAAUCUUUGUAAUACUUGGGUGAACGUUUCUAGAUGCCCUUCAUGCCGCCAAGGGUAUUUCUGGCGAAUUUUUCUGUUUUUUCGAUAUACAGACCAUCUUUCUUCGCCCUUGCAAAGCUAAAAGUACGUAACUUUACAAAAAAAUAGCAUUUUUUGAAGACCUUUAGCCACUUAAAUUUAAAAAACUAACCUCAGAUUGUUAACUUCUUGCGUUAAAACAAGGACUUUGACUGGGCUGAACGUCGAACGUUACUGCCCUUUUAACGUCCCCGUGAUGUAAAGAAGUAUGCAACUCACCUUUGCAGAAUUCUAUUUACCUUGGUUUGUUCCGUUUCUUGUUUAGGGUGUCCCAGAAAGCAUUGCUGCCCUUGCUGACGCAGACAUCAAGAUCUGGGUACUGACGGGUGAUAAACAAGAGACUGCCAUCAACAUUGGUAACGCAUUGAAGUUGUCUCAUUUUCCAAUAUCUUACGACGGUAGCUUUCAGUGCCAAAACACGACCUUUAGUCAAAGCCUUAGUAGAUAUGCUACUAGUAAUAACCAAAGGUUACGGAGUGCGGGCGGCAACGAUCGAAGGUCAAAACUCCUGGUGAAAACGCUUUUGAACUAGCGCUGCGCUUUGCGUAAGUGUCAUGUGACAGAUGGCCAAAAAAAAAAACGGGUGAUAAGAUUACGAGUGAUAGAAGAUCGAAACGCGCGUGAUCAAAGCGCGUUCUGUGCAUUCCAUACAUUCUUGGUGGAGGUCCAAACGAAUGCUGGCUACAUACGUGCCACGCAUGCGUAAUAACAACCUGGAGAUUAGGAUUGUGGGCGAUAAGAGGAGCCCGCAAUUAAAUAGUCAAAAUGCCGUGUGCAUUACACUCUCCCCUCCCCCCCAAAAAGGUGCUGGUAGUGAUGCGAACAGCCUUGCAGACUAACGUAGAUGUAAGAAACACAUUCAAAAGCGAAAUUUAUGCUUCCAGUAAUACAGUGCUGUAAGAUUUGUUUAGCUCCCUUUCCUUGUAGCUUCUCUAAAAUGCUUUGUUUUUAUUUCCAACAGGUUAUGCGUGUCGUUUGCUUACUGCCAAGAUGAAGCUCUUGAUCUGUGGUGAAGAAACGCUCGACGUAAGUUAAAGUUCUUUUAACCUGCGAACGCGGUCGUAUUUUCGUCCGUUGCUGUAACUCAGCGGUUCGCACAUUCUCAAAAAGUCCUUGAAUUUCACUUUUACUUGGAAAGUCCUUAAAUUCCUGUGUAAGGCCUUGAAAAGUCCUUGAAUUUUCUUCAACUUUGAAUCUAGUGACCUGUAGUUUUUUAAUGCUUUUUGGUUGUCCGAGACCCGGAAUACAAGUCAUAGCUCAGGGAAAUUAAUGGUGAUUUACAUAAAGCGUAUUUGUUUUAUGUCAGAAUUAACUAUCAAUUGAACUAUCAAGUGAACUUGAUAUAGACGUUGGUGGAGCAAAGUCCUGUUAGAAUGGACUGGGAAUGUGCAUUUUUGGACAAUCUGUGAAAUUAGAUUCCUCGUAGAUGGUCCUUGAAAAUCGAGUGUGGUCUUUGAAAGGUCCUUGAAAAGUGGUUGGUUUUUUUGUAUAAACCUUGUUGUUUCGGCGACCGAAAAUACGCCUGUAUUCGUACUCCAUGGUUCGUUCUCCUUCUCUACCAGCUGACAGUUUCUUUGAGCCUUUCUUUUUUAUUUCAAUGUUUUGUAGGGUACGCGAGAAUGGUUGAAUGAACAUCUGCGAAGCAUUGGCCGAGUAUCAUCGCACAAAAAACCGCCAAAAAUAAGGGUAAUAUCAACAUAGCAGUUAAAUGUUAAUAAUUUCUGGUUCAAGACAUUCUUCACUAUCACGUUUUCCUUUACAGGGAGGGAAAAGUACCGAUCUUUUUGCAUACACUUGGGAAAGGAAACGUGGGAAGGCAAUUUUUCUAGGUGAUUUGCUGGUUAUUCUGUUUACAUGAUCGUGAUGAUGAUUAUUUUUUUUCCCUUUCAGGAAGAUUUGGGUCUUAUAGUUACCGGCAAGGUAAUGGUUUUGUUUUAGUUGUACUCCUGUUGCCUUGCCUAUUUUGUGGUAAAAUAAUGAACCACAAUAACUAUAUUUUUUAUUUACUAGACUCUCUUGCAUGGAUUAUCAGACGAACUAAAGAUGAGUUUCUUGGAUCUUGCGCUCAGUUGCAAAGCUGUCAUCUGUUGCAGGUUAGCGAAAUUACUCGUAUAACGUGUGCAUGAAAUUUUGUGAGGGGUUUAAUUUCACGGAUUUUCAAUUUUGCGAGGCGAGAACAUUCUCUCGCGACUUUGCAUUUCAGAGUCAGUAACAUUCAACAUUUUCUGGUCAAAACUACUAGUUCGGAGUUCAAACCCACCGCUAACUGGGGACAAUUAAUGGGUACUUACAUGAUAUACAGCAAUUUAGUUUGUUGCCGUUAAUAAAUUCUGCGAAUGUUGAUGACAGAAACUGAAAAUUUUGUGUAUUAUUUCAGGUAGAGAGUCUUUCCAUUAACAUAGCUUAAAACAUUUACCAAAUUUAGAUCCCGUGAAAUUUCAUCCACAAUUUAUCAUUCAAUCGAAUGGUGAACCUUGUGACCGCCUUGUACAGCAUUAGAUAUUGAACACACUGCGAUAAAAAUGCUACGUGCGGUAUUUUUUUUUAUAAUAAUUUAUUUUAAAUCAAGUGAACUAGAACAGCUGGAUUUCGUCUACUGACUCAAACAUAGGAACAAAUAAUUGAUCUUUGUCUUAGUAAAAACCUCUUAUUUUCCAGGGUGUCUCCUCUACAGAAGGCUCAAGUGGUGAAACUCGUCAAACAACACGUGAAAGAUGCCAUAACUCUUGCUAUCGGCGAUGGAGCCAACGAUGUCGGCAUGAUUCAGGUUCGGUUGUGAUCAAAUACGUUAUUUUCCUGGCCCGGUUGUUCAAACGUUGGAUAGUGCUAUCCACCGGAUAAAUCGUUAUCCACUGGAUAAGUGUCAGUAGACCUGGACCGUUCUAAACCUUUUAUUUCACUGGUCGCCUUUAAUCUGCACUUCUACCUUAUUAUAGGAAAUUAACGCUCCAUGAAAUUAAGGUAUUGGAAAUUAACGCGACUUAAAUUAACGCGAAUUUAAUGGAAAACGACUUUGGAAUAAAGGAAAUUAGCGCGAAAGAGGAGGCAGAAUUUCAUAAAAAGGAAAUUAACACGAUUAUCUUGGCCGAAAUCAAAGGAGAAGAUAUUGGCAUCACUUCUGACUGCGACAACGAUGAAGAUGGACUCGAAGUAUUGUAAACCUUCGCCUUAGCUCUUGUGAAAGAUGAAAAAUAAAGGGUAAAUGGAAAGAAAGAAAGCUUGUAGUUAAUGUUUUUUAGGUGUCAAGAAUGUCUGGACAGGUUCCAAAGUUGGGGUUAAAAUACUGGAAAUUAAGAGCGCGGAAAUUAACGCUCAACAAAAUUAACGCGACUUAAAUUAACGCGAAUUUUAACGAUUCGCGUUAAUUUCAUGGAGCGUUAAUUUCCUAUAAUAAGGUACUAUUUUUAGGGAUAGGGGCAUUGUUAUGUGACAAUCCCUAUUGUUUUCCCAGCUAAUCAAAAACAAUCUUUCAAAUAGGUGCGGGAUCGCCAAUAAGUAUUAGAGAAUCCAAUUGCGUUAUCCAAUGGACAGCGCUAUCCACCUUUUGAAUAGCUGGGGCCUGUUGUGUAGGCUCGAGCGAAAUCAGUGGUUUCUCUGCAAUACUAUUAAUGCUUUCCGUUAUUUAACAAGAAUUAUCCAUGAGGCAAAUGUGGGUGAAUGUUUGUCGUUGUUUUAUGUCUUGUAGGCAGCACAUGUCGGCGUUGGGAUCAGUGGAGUUGAAGGUCUGCAAGCAGCCAGCGCUUCUGAUUACGCCAUAGCUCAGGUAUAGUAAUUUAUUUAGAUUUACCCAAGGCCAAAAGCGAAACUUUUAAAACAAUCUUUCUGAAGUAAUUCAACUUUGCCGCCUUAAAAGGAACCUGAGCCUGUGAUCAAUUGAAAGCCAAUAACUGGUCAGCGAGAACUUAAAAAAAACACGUCACCUCAAUGAGCUGUACACCUGAGGCCGCAAUACAGUCAUGUGACACUGGUCAGCGGAUACCCUAUUUUGACAACAAAAAUUUCUCGGAUGCAUAGUUAACGAAGUUUUAUUACCCAUGGUGCUCCGCUAUCAACUUACGCUAAGCGGUUUAAAAAAAAUUGCCUACAAUUACACCUCCAUUGCAAAAUUUUAUUCACCAGGCAGAGAAACAUUAAUCAGCAUUUCUUAACCAAAUUUGGUGUAAAUCAGUGUAGAAGCACGACUCCGUAUUGGUGGCCACUCUGUGCCCACAACGACAACGACAACGUUGAGUUAUUAGGGUUUGUUUCUUCGUUCACAGCAUUGCUUUUUCUGUUAAAAGGCUUAAUGUAUGUUUUAUCUUUCUCUUUUAUAGUUCCGUUAUUUGAACAAACUACUGUUUGUCCAUGGAGCGUGGAGUUAUCAGCGUCUCGCAAAGCUCAUCCUGUACUCUUUCUACAAGAACGUCUGCCUUUAUGUUAUUGAGGUGAGUAGGAGAGUCGUAUACAGCGCACAGGUAGGGCCUUCUUUUUGACCGGAAAUCUCAUUUAUUUGAGGGGGAAUACAUUAGCGCUGAUGACGUUUUAUCCUUUUGUCCUUAUCUCAUUUUAAAAAAUGAAGGGAAUCUCGUUAAGUCAUGUGCUAUUUAUAGGUGGUUAAACCUGUUUGACAGGUUAUUUAGUUAUUUUUAGGUCGAUAGCUUUUAGAGCAACAAUAAAAAACUAAGACAUUCAUCGAUCGGAAAUAAUUAAAUAACGUGGAUUGGUUCCGAUGUUGUUCAAAAGUAAAGUUCGACGUAGAUGAACCUUUUGUAUCAUCAAAGGUCUGACAGCUCUUCCCAGUAUCGCCUGAUCUAAUUGAUCCUCACUUGUCUUUUCAGCUUUGGUUUGCGCUUGAUAAUGGAUUUUCAGGUCAGAUCCUGUUCGACAAAUGGUGCAUUGGUAUUUACAAUGUGGUAAGUUAUCGUUUGAGUUUCCUUGCGCGGUCAAGUCACAGGCAUUGUUAAAAGAAGAAAGAGUUUCUUAAGGAGAAUGCGUAAAGAAAGAAAUUCUACCCGAUUAAUUUUUUUCGGCAUUCUUGCACUUUAACUCGUGAAUACUCUAAAGGUAUUUCACGAAGCUAUCUCUGUGUGUUGUGAUGGCUUAUAAUUUCUAGAAAACGAAUUCGUGAAUACACGAAGCGUGUUUUGACCAACACGUGCACGGCAGCCGCUAUUUUUCUUGGGUUUGUCAUUCAUGUCAUAAAAUAUUUAUCUUAUUGCAUCACUGCUCUAUUAAUAAACAAGGUAUUCACGAGUUUGCAAUAGUUUUUACUUCGAUUGUUUGUACUCUGACUAUUGUUCUUUUCUUAAUCCCAGGUUUUCACAUCAGUUCCGCCUCUUGCUAUCGGGUUAUUUGAUCGCACUGUAUCUUCUGAUAGCAUGCUAAAAUAUCCCAAACUGUACAAGGCGUCACAGAAUGCUGAGAUAUACAACAGCAAGGUAGGGACUGAAUUAGAUCGGGUUUCGGGCCAUUUUAUCUGAUUGUGAUUAUAAAAAGCAUUAGAUCCCACAACCUCAUAGUAGGAAAGAUUGGGGCAGUUGAUUAUAGUGUGCGGCCUUCUGGGAUCAAUUUAGGUUUCCGGGGAAACUGCCCACCUGCCCCUCCCUUAAGUCAACAUUAUCACUUACUUCUCACUUAAAGCGAAAUGUUGGGUUAGGGGUGGGGUAGGUGGGCAGUUUCCCAGAAACCGAAACUGAUCAGCCUUCUGUGUGGGAGGUGAUCGCGAGUUCGAUUCCUACGUGUGACCUCAAUUGUUUCUUUCGAUUUCUUUCCUUUCCGUGUGGCUUGAAAUAGCUUUCGAUACCCGUAAAACGGAGUAAUGAUGGAGAGAGACGGGGGGUUGUAGGGGAAAAUUGAGCGCACCAUCGGCGUCAAUGUUGUUGUUCAGAUGACUAUUUCGAGCUGCCGCCGACGUAAAGUAAGGACUCUUUACCUUCAUCCUGCAUUUUGUGUAUUUCCCGAAGUGUCUCAUGUUCCUGGUGAAUGGUUUAUCGAGUAACAUAUGACACAUGAAGCCAAUAACAAACAGUUAUUGAAAAAAAAGGUUUUUGUGACAUCCCAAGUAUCAAAGUCUAUAAGUUUUAUAUAGAAUUUACCUCGACCUUGAUUACCCCGGAUAUCACAAAAACCCAAUGUAGUAGAUGUUUUUUGUUUAUUGUUUGCAAUAAAAUAACGACAAACACCCUGUCGCGCAGAUCACAGUUUGAGAUUGCUUUUGGAAAUCAUGCAUUGCGCGUGGAACCUACAGAUACAGAUAACUAACUAAUCAGUAGGUUGCGCUGAUUUCCAAAAUUAAGGGAAGGCUAUUAGCCAAUGAAGAGACGGCAGAUAGUGAGUACAAUGUAUGAUAAUGGCUAAUUCCGCGUGUAUUUUUGCAGGUGUUUUGGAUGUGGAUCGCACAGUCGGUUUAUCAUUCCUUGCUAUUGUUUUAUUUACCCUGCUUUAUGCUUCGACAUGGUGAGUGUAGCGCUCCUCACUGGCAGCCAAACUUUGCUUUUGUAAUUUAUAAUGGUAAAAGGACUGAGUGCAGUCCGUUUCGGUCUGUAGUCAUACGAGUGAUAAACAAAGUCGUACGACCACGUAGUUUACAGACCGAAUUGGACGACACAAAGUUCUGUUACCAAUUAAUCACAACUAUAACAAAGGUUGUGAUGUUGUAAGAUAUUCCGAGAGUGUUUGCCCGCAAUGAAAAAAGUAAUAAUAAAAAAACAUUCAAGUGUGCGCGUGGUGGCGCGUACUGUCCAAUAACUUAGGCAUGACGCCUAGUGUCGUAUCACACUGUCCACUGAGUAGGCAUUUUCACGUCGUAGUGUAGUGACGGCAAAGAAAUGUACAAAAAAGGGAUGCUGCACGUGUAGAGUUGUUGUUUUGCUUAUGAAACCUAUUACUUUUUCGACGUUCUCGUUGCCGCUACGGUCGUGGCUGCUAAAGCUCCCUAUUAGAGACUUUUAAGAUCCAAACGACGCGACGGCAAUGAGAACGUCGCUUAAAAAGUGAAUUUGCGUUCUUUCAGUCUUUUCCGCAAUUAUUCUUACCCACUUACUUUGUUAAAUGUAGGCGAACCCUCCCGGAGUUGAAUUCCUAGGCACCAUAUUCAAGAACAAAAAGAGAAAUAAAAUUUCGUCGUUGCUUGUUUACGUUAUCCAUAAAACGCGAAAUUAGGCAUGUUCACGUUGUAGUCGUGCAAAAACGGGCAGAGAAAUGUACAAAGAAGCGUGGUGCACGUGCAAAGUUGUUGUUUUGCUUAUAAAACCUAUUGUUUUUUUUUUUUGACGUUCUUGUUGCCGUCCGCGUCGUUGGAUCUUAAAGUCCCUAUUCACGUCGGACGUAAACGCUAACGUCUGAUGUUUGGCCCAGUCAAACAGUUACGUCUUGCGUUAUGUGUUACGCAACUGAUGUCUGUUUUUUUUAGGUUUGAACGAAUUUCUUUCUUACUUCUGACUAGACCUUAUUCACGACACCCACCAUCAUUUUACGCGCUGUAGAAUUGAAGAGGGGGAAACAAAUACGAGUAAUCGCGGUACGGCGGUUUGUUUGUUCUCUCAAAACAUGAGGACGAUUUUAAGCCCCAAUAUCCACAUACAAAUUCUCCAAACUGAUCUCUAUACAUUUCCUUUAAGAAUUAGUUAAGAGAAUUUGAUAAAAGAUCAAAGUAUUUUCUCUUAGGUGAUCAUUUUAUUAAUUCUCAUAACCUCAUCUCAUGACAAUGUAUGGAUAUCGUUAGGAGAAAAUUGCUGUUGGUCACUAUUGGGACUUAAAAGGUUACGCGCGUGCAAAGAUGGUGGGUAUCGUGAAUAAGGUCUAUUCUCGUUUCUUUUGUGGUUUGUUUUUUCAGAGGCUCCGUUUAGAAGUGGAGUAGUCGUAGGCGAGUGGUUCCUGGGAAAUGUCGUGUACACGGUAUGUUGCGCACUGAAUCAGACAUCAUUCAACGUCAAACGUAUUGUAUUUAAUCGUAAGAACAAGUAUGAAUUAAGAAUUAGUGAGAAGAACUUAUAUCAGCGGCCACCUUUACAAACACGUAGGUAUUGAUGGGGUACAAUGCCACGUGGCCUUUUAUUUAGCAGGUAACAGAUGAAAGAUGCAAACGACUAAACAAUCGCAAUGAAGUUUUUUUAUCCCGUCAAAAUGAGAAAUCAGCCUAUUUGCAACAUGUAAAAGGUAAAAUGUAAAAGCGCACACUAGCCAAAGGCCCAAAACAACUGGAGUUUAUCACGGUUUCCUUGUCAUGAAGUAUGGCUAGGAGUACUGCCACUCCCACCGAACGGGACGCUAGUCCAUCGUAGUGUUACCCCCCCCCCAGCAGUAUAACACCGGUACCCAUUUAUACACGAAAGACAAAGUGGAGUAAAGUUCCUUAUCUAAGGAAACAACGCGACGGGCAAGGCUUGAACCAUGGACUUCCAGAUCCGGAUCUCGAGGUGUUAACCGUUCGGCCACACACGCCUCCCCUGUAAAGAACGGGUUUCGUGUCAUUAUUGUUCACCAGUGGGAUAUUGCAACCAAACACGAGUUAAACGGGGCAAUGAUCACAGACCUAUUCUUUCCUUUUAUCGUCCUUACAAAUUUUUCAUCUUUUGUGUAAAAUAGAAUGAAUAGACAAACUCGCCACUAUUUUUAAGCUGUUUGCCAUCGAGAAACCACGUGAUAUUGCUUUUAUACCAUCAAUCCUCACGCGCUUGCCAGGAAGACCACAGGUAUCUUCAGUGAAUAAGGUCUUCCUGAUCUCUCGUUUUACAGCUUGUCGUCAUAACUGUUUGUUUAAAAGCCGGGAUGGAAUUGGACACUUGGAACUGGGUAUGUGGAAAAACAGUGAUUGUCUUCGCUUUUAAUGCCUUUCCAGUAAAGGAAGACUUUAAUCUACAAGUUUUUCUCUUUUCUUGACAGCUCUGUCAUGUGGCCAUAUGGGGCAGUAUUGCCAGCUGGUUUAUUUUCUUGCUAAUUUACUGUAUCCCUGAUAUAGCUUUGUACAUCGCACCUGAUAUGAUGGGCCAGGUAUGUUUAUUCAGUCUACCAACUUGGGUCCAUUGUAUGGGCCACGGUUGGCCAAUAUCGAAGAACAUGAUUAAGUGGUUUUACAGGUAAUUCAAGUAAUUUUAGAACUUUCGUUCGGCAGUCUGUUUCUAAGAAAUACUCCCAUAGCCUGUUCUCUUUAACGACGCUUACUACCUGUAAUUCUUUCGUGUGAUUCGUAUAUUCAUCACAUCAUCGUCAUCCUUUUAUGGGUUUUUAACGAGCCGACUCAAUGACCAGAUCCGAGUUGGCUUGUUACUGAGCUCAGUUGGCAGAGCCCGUACAAGACUGAAUUUUCUUUUUGCAACUGCAAAAGAUGCGUCUAUAACUUCUUCUUCUUUAAAUUUAACACUUACGCUUUACCACUGCUUUUGUAUUGUAGGAUCGUAUGCUAUACUCAUGUGCGGUGUUUUGGAUUUCUCUCUCUAUUAUACCCAUGAUAACUCUCCUUGCGGACUUCCUUUACAAAAUGUAAGUUUAAAUUUAUUUUUUCUGUUCUAUAAUAACACUUCCGAGUUCCAAAAAACCCUCACUUUCAAAAUGAGGUGAAGUUCAAAACCUUUCUUGAGAAAAUUAGUUUUUCCAUAUCAAAGGCUGAGCGCUUAACCUCGUUUUGAUACAGAGGCCCUGGUGAACUCUGAAAUGGCCUAGUGUUAUGCCCUCGUUAAUAAUACUGCAAAGGACGCUUUUUAAGCUUUUUAGGGCAGGAGCAAACUGGAACCGUUUCAAAACAGUGACAUUUUAGGUAACAUUUUUUUUAGUCAGGAUGCAAGACCCGAAUUGUAUUAGUUUUAAGAAGAGUCCUCGUUCAAUGCGAAAUGGAAAAAUUUAGUAAAAUAGAAGCCUGCCCUGUCAACUUUUGGCACUUUGAUAUUUAUUCUAAAAAAUCGUUGGAGGUUGUUGUCAAGUGAUAUCGAUUUUUUGAAAGGUAUUCUAGUAACAUUAAUAAAGUGAAACUGAGGCAUGUUCUCUUCGUUUGUUGUAAUUGAAAUGUGAAUCACACUUACUAUUUUCUCUUGCUAGCACGUAACUUGACUAAUAUUUUUCUAUCUCGUUAGAUUUAAAAGAACGUUUUUCAAGACGUUGAUGCAGGAAAUUCAAGAAGUAGAAACUGAGCAUGUAAGUUGAACCAGCUGAUCGAUGCGUAAGCGUCUUCUUCGUAGCCUUGAUUCCAGGUGGUCAGAUGGAGGGGACGGUAUCAAGAGGCUGUUUGUUCUUCCGCUCUCCAUUUCGUGCCACUCUCCAUUAUGUAAACGCUUAUUUCUUUUCAAGCUGACCUCAUUCGUUUACUACGUUCACCUUACCCUCGGCUCCGUGCGCUUCCUCUCUACGUUUUUCAUUUUCACUUCGUAUUUUCCUUGGGCCGGCCCACUUAAAUUUUCCUUUUGUGUUGAUCCUCAUAAACGUAUUUCUAGUUAUUUUGUAAUUUUAUAGUAUUUUCAUUGAUUAUAAAUUAUAUUAUAAUGUUUUGCCUCCAGGGAGAUCCAAGCCGGCUCAUAAAAUCCGAUCAUGCGGUCCACAAGUAAGUACAGUAUGCUCUAUGGUGUUAGAAUAACAAUUAUUUGGCAACCCCGCCUCCUGCUUUUUGAAAUCUCCCACAACUGCAAUGCGUAGCAAAUGAAAGAGGCAAAGAUGGAGAAAGUUCAAGAAACUUGAUCGGGGCAAUUGUGGUUUUUUAAAAAUUGUUCAGCCCAACAGUCCAUCUCUUAUGUUUAUAUCUUUGGUUUGCGUAGGAAACGUAAUAUUAUGUCAAAAAGCUGUCAUUUUGUCAUUUACAACUAACUCUUAUAUUUCGCCAACACUAAGUUUUAUAGCGAGCAACUGGCAAAACUAAACAAUAUGGACUUAACGGUGCCUUGACAAAGCUUUGUUAACAAUAUUGCGAUGGCUACGCUGAAUGAUGUGUGCGUCCAUCUUUCGGAGACACUAUUAUUUACGUAGUGGUCUUUUCAUUUACAGGCAAAUAUGGACUCGAGACGAAGCGUUUGAAGACAGAAAAGACCGCGGCGCCUCUGCACGUAAGCGUUUUGCCUUUGUUUGGAUUCUAAAUCUGCCUUUUUUGAGCGACGAAGUCGCGUAAACGACUGACCGAUGACCUAACUAAAACGGACUUUUAGAAAGCCUUUAAUUUUACCUUACCUCGUCUAAUGCCUCUGACUUUACCCAUCUGAUCAGGACACACUCUUUCUGUUAACCAGCAUGUUUUUAGUUUUAGUAAGUUUUUCUUGUUGUACUAACAUUUCUUGUUCUUUUCUUUUUGGCUGCAGUCGGUUUCGCGUUUUCUCAAGAAGAAGAUGCACGAGUAGGACAGGUCUGUAACUGUGCAUGUUGAAGCCGUUUGUUUACACAGAUUUUUGUGUUAGAUCCGGGUCAAACUCGUCUAGUCUCACAAGUCCCGGAACUAAUGUUAGUUAGGGUGUUCUAUUAUUGUCGCUCAUUAGCAUAAGGCUCGGCACAUAUGAAAUUAGACGUUUGACCCUGGCCUUGAUGACAUAAACAAAAAUAUGAAAAAAUACCAAAUUAUGCACUGAGGCACACGUACCAACUCUGCGGUAUGGCCAGUACCUUACGCAUGCUCGCGUACAACCAUAUCACCCCGGCAGUGGCAGCCAUGGACAGCUGUUUCGCCCUUAUUGGGGCUCAUCAACAUGGCAUAGCCAUGAUAAUAUAAUAAGCGGGGGAACCCGUAUACCCUUCACUGCCGAGACGAGUAAACUUGCACCGGGUAGAAGAGUCACUCGCCCACCUGAGCUGCCCUGGGCGGGCAACCUUUUUCCUAGGUUUCCUUAAUAAAUUGGCAAACCGUUUACACGAGAAACAAAAAGUUGGCUCGGCUAGCCGGGCCAGCCUUUCUUCAUACGAACAUUUUGGCUCGACAAGCCAGGUCAACUCGAGACUAUCAGAUAGACAAUCAGGGCGUGCGCGAGCGCUGUUUUCCGCUCUUGACUGGUGCAGAGGGGUCCACUUUUGGAGACCCUCGUUUUUCGGGCUCAUAUAAACGGGUCCUUUUUUUAACGACGCACAAGAUAAGACCGAAUAUCGCUUUAUUAUUCUACAGUAAUUUUUUGGCCAGUUAUUAUCAAUUGAUUGAUUGUUUUGUUUGUUUGUCCCAGGCUGAGCUCAUCCGUCGUUAUGACACCACACUAAAGAAACCUCGAGGAGACUAACACCAAAUAUGUUAUGAUCUUAUUCUUUUCUUCCUUGCCCUUUUCACCCCUGUAUUUAACGAUAAAGAUACGUUAUUUGGCUGUGUAAAUGGAAUCCUCACCCUGCCAGCAGCUUGCCUCAUUUUGGCGUACUCGAAAAAAACUGCAUGAAUCGAGUAAGGUCUUUGUUGAGCAUGCGCUCUAUGUUGCUAGAAUACAGUUUCAAACCCAGGCCUAAGAGCCGUGCACUUGGUACAGCGAGCUCAGUUAUGACCGUUGGUUUAUCGAUAAACGGAUGCUCGCCUUGGAAAGACUAGUUUGACGAGAGAAAAUAGGAUUGACUAGUCCAGACGUUCGGGUUGCGGCGACUUCAAAAGCGUGACGUGAUUCGUGAGAGCAGUCUCCUUUUCUCCUCCUCGAUCAAGAAGACUAUUCGGGACAUAUUAUGGAUUCUUACAUGAGAUACUGACCAGAAGAAGGCAAAAGGCCUGGCCCCGGUUGUUCAACCGUUGGAUAGUGCUAUCCGCUGGAUAAAUAACUAUCCAGCGAAUAAAUAUUACGGAAAUCAAUUACGCUAUCCGCUGGAUAGCGAUUUAUCCAGUGGAUAGCGCUAACCAACGUUUGAACAACUGGGGCCAGGAGGCUCUGCUGACAGGGUGCAGAAUCUUUAUCAGUGGCGGAUUGUGGGGAGGGGCCCGGAGGGCCCCGCCUCCCUUAUUUUUAGACCAAACUGAGGCCCGAAGGGUUGAAAAUUUUUUUCGAGACCGCCCCUCCCCGUCCCUCCCCCCUUAUCUCAGAGUCUGGAUGACCGGGCCCCCCUUUAUCUGAAGGUUUGGAUCCGCUACUGGUUAUGAUAAAGCCAUUCAAUUGUAACCUCUUUAGUUCUUAUUUCAUGUGUCGGGUAGCUUGUUUUGUUUGUAGUUCUAAACUGUGAGACUGCAAAACAAAACCCUAUGAUAUGCCCAUUCAACUGAAAUCUCUUCAGUAGUUAUUUCAGAUGGUUUCCUCUCCUUUCGUGGUUUUACGAAAUAUAAUUUGGCAUUUGGCUGUUGAAUGCAGGGGUGAAAGAAAACAGUUUUGAGUUGUAUAUAAUUAUUUUGGUGUCAUUAUUUUUCUUAUGAAAGUCCGUUUGUAUUAUUUGAAAUUCCGCCUGUUUUGUUCAGGAAAAAAUUAAAACUCCGAAAAAUAAGGGAAAAAUUAUUUAAAAUUUUGAAAAGUAGGGACUAUUCUCUAUAUUAUGAUAAAAUUUCUUUGUGGUUGAUUUGAUGGUUCUGUGUUAGCACAGAACGGAAAUGUGGAAGUAAUGGCAGCUUCAAGCAUGUGCUAGAUUGUUAGUCAUUUUAGUGAGAAAAUAUUCGGCAAUAUUUUAUUUUGGUAUUUUUGUGUUCAAUUGAAGUUAUUUUUUUACCCUGCGUAGUUGAUGCAAUUGGCGCUGCUCAGAAUGAAGCGGAACACGGACGUGAGUGCGGUGCUCUUUCAAAGCCCUUUGAACUCGGCGAUUCCUUAAAAUGUCGAAGGAGAAUAUUUAAAACACAGCCUUUCGCUUUAAGUUUGAACCAGAAAACUUACCGUGCAUGUAUUUAACUGUUACGGAACAGCGCCUCUUGAAGUAGCUACUUUUUCUGCUCAACUUCUUUAGACUAGGAAGUCAUAGAUAAUAGCAUUUUCUCAGUACGAAUGCAGCCUUCUUUCCCCGGUCCUCCCCGCUCGGGGCGUUUCGCGGGAUAGAGAGAACGACUCUCCCGCGUCACGUCCCUACCGGCCAGGGGCCCGUUUCUCGAAAGUCCCGAUAAUUAACGGGCCCGGUACGCUGUCCCCGUUUACAUUCAAGAUCGAGGUUUUAAUAGUUUUGCAUCUAACAUGAUAAAACUACCAGUUAGUGAAACAAAAUGGAGCAGUUUGCUAGCUAGGACCUGCGCUCAUAUUCUUUAUAUCUCGAUUUGAAUAUUUGAUUUCGGGCCCGUAAAGUUAACGGGACUUUCGAGAAACGGGUCCCAGGAGCGAGACUGAAGAGACGGCUGUAUUACCGGGUUGUUUGCUGGUCUGCACGUGCUUGAUCAGUUUGCUUCAAUUGUUUUGGCAUUGACUGCCAGUAUACUAUUACUACUUGUUUGCCUUCGUUGCAUUUUUUGUAUAUAUAUUUUUUUAUGAAAAAUUCUCACAUAUUGCUUCCAUCAGUCACUUCUUUCCACUUUCUUAAUUGUUGCGUUAACUUUCUUUCAUUUACUUAUCCAAUUUUUUUUUUAAUUUGACGAAAUCAGUUGCCUCUGGGUUAGGUUCUGUGGACCGUGAUAUAUGAUUGACAGAACAUUGUGUCUUCUAUCCUCACAAAGAGCCGAUAGUUGUUUACAAGAUAAACUUUGAGUGAUUCAAUUUUAUCUUUGGAAAGCUUUCCUUCCUCCUCAUUUCACCCAUCUAGUUUGUCGGGAGGAUUCGUUAAGCCUUCUCCGCGCACUCGCAUAGCACGAAUUGACCUAGAGACCAGGCUGCCUUUCCUCAGCUCGUUACGUUCAGUCGACAGGCUUAAUUUCCAGCCGCCCACAAGAAAGGUGUUACUGGAUGACGAAGUACCGUGUGUGGAAGUUAGACUGAAAGAGCAGGGCGAGGCGGAGGGGGAGGGAAGGGGGGAAAGUACUCCACCCUUCAGUUCCCCUUACUCCACCGGCAGUCAAGCGCUAAACGAAAUUCACACUAACCCAACUAUUACUGCAUGAGGUAAUCGCCAAUGAGUUUUUUAUGUUCGCCGUAGUACAAUGACGUACAACACACUCUUGCAUCAGAGAUAAAAUGGAGUCACAAUACAGUAAAAACCAGUAAAAACCUGUUGGGCUAAAAUGUUUAAGCCCCCUGUAUACAAGAACCUGUUUUGCCUGAAAUUCAGAACAGGUUCUUAUUUUCUCAAAUCUAUUAAAAAAAAUUCUGUACACUUGGGCAAAUAAGAUAGGUCAACAUUCAGAAUCCUCUUUGGAGACAUGGGUGCCUUAGGAAUGAGCUGAAUACCAAUAAAAUAAAUACUCUCAGCUACUGUGUAUUUUUUUCUUCAGAAAAUAAGAACCUAUCUAAGAACCUAACUUGACUGUUUAGGCUGGCUUGGGAAAGUGCUGAUUCUUAGUUGGGGUUUUUACUGUAGACGUAAUCUUAAUCUGUAUUUCCCUACAGUAUUUCCCUAAGUGGAAUGUGUAUGCAGAC